ACACAUCAAGACGCGAAACAACUUAGACCCAAAGGCUACCUGGUAGAAAGUGUUAAAUUUCUUAGUUUAUGUUGAACCAAUGUACUGAAUUUUUCCACGAUGGCUUGUGGACCUGCUUCGCAACAAAUGAGAAGUUUGCAAGACCUAGCAAAAUAUCCUGCUUCGCAACCAGAAGUUAAACCCAGUUCCUCAGAUGAAAAUUCUAAUGGUGCUCAGUCCUCACAUAAGAGUUGGGACAAACCGGUCAAACUUAAUGUAGCUCUUAUGCAAGGUGGACUGUUGCUACCACAUUCUGCUAAGAAAGUGACACAACGGCAGCUCUUCGCAUCAGGAAGAAAUGUGAUGAAGGACAUUCAAAACAAGGCAGCUGCUCGAAAGACAUUAGCAGUUCUGCCACAGCACGCGCCAUCCUCAGUACGAAGACCAUCAGAAACUUACAAAGCGUCAUUUUUAAAACCAAAAAAUCUGGUAAAUAAAAACCGGCCCAGUGUUGGGCAAGCACAACAUCCUAGUAACAGGCGUGGUAGUAAAAUGUAUCAAAGGAAAGCACAAGUGCCUGUUGCUCUUGGAUCUAUUAGAAGUGCUCAGAAGAUUUCUGCAAGCAGUGCUAAGAAAGGAGACACUAAACUGCCAGUAACCAGAUUUCAAAAUCAAAGCAGUUCAGCCACAGCUCUGCCAUCCAGGCAGUCAAAGAUUAGUGGAAAGGUUACGGGGCACCUUCCUCGCCUUGCAAACUUGGAAAACUCUGUUAAUCUCCUUAAUGUUGACGAUAUAGAAGAAAAAUUAGUGAAAGAGUCAAGCCUAUUAAAGUCUCAAAUUUUAAAGCAGAUACACAAGAACACAGGAGUCAACACUUGUGAUGUAAGAAAUGAACAGAAAAUUCUUAAUGAACAAACUGAAAUAAAUGAAAAGCUAAAAAACAUGGAUGAGAAGCUAAAAAACGUGGAUGAAAAGCUGGAUAAAACUUUAAAUGAACUGGCAAAUUUGACAGAAAUUGUUAAAAAUCUGUCUUCAAAUCAGGAAACUGUCUGUAGAAAAUGUUCAUGUCACUGCCAGACCAUGCAAGCAACUGCUACAAAAAGCAAUGGCAGUACAGCAAUAAAUAAUUUGGAACAGAUAGGAGUUCCGGUCAGCUCUGAUGAACAAUGUUCAGAAACAAAGAACUGUGUUGUAGACUCUGAGAAGAAACACUAUUCACUAAGGAGGUCUUCAAGGCUAAAUAACAUAGGCGCUCAGUAUGCAUAUGAGAGUCUUAGGAAGAGUACCAAAUUACUUACAACUCCUCGACAUGGAUCAGCUAAAAAGACGAACACCCCAGGAAGAAUUUCCAGAAAAGUCAUUGCUCAGUUGAACGAUUUGUAUGGUGAUUAAGUACAUUGACAUUGACAUAUGGGUCAUUCCAUUGUUGCGGGUGUGACAUUUUGUCCUACUUUUCACGCGUAAAGUUAUAUUUAUUUGUACUUCAGUUGUCAGAGUAAGGCUAACUUUACUUUAAUGAAUAGAAUAGCAUGUUAUUAAGUUCCUGUAAAAAAUUUUAGGUUUUAAUUUUACACUCAACCUGCUAAAAAAAUCCUGAAGAAGUGUUGCGGGUGUGACAAAUCUUUACCCUUCAUUUGCACAUAGAGGUGUUCUUCAGUUAUUUUGUCUUCUACUUCUGAAUCAGGAUGAUUGAUAAUUUUUUACACAGUGAAGAAAGGAGUAGUAAAAUACAAGAUAUGUUAACUUUUAUUCACAGACACUUCCAAAACACAACAUAUUUUUUUCCUUCAUGUUGCGGGUGUGACAUUGCGGUUGUGUCACACAGAUACAUCAAUAUUAUUGAGUGUAAUUUAAAACAGAACAGCAAGAAAAUACUUUAUUGUUUACAGCCUUCCCAAGUGAUCUUUUGGAACUAUAUGAUUUAGAGGGUGACAAUUUUCAAGAUGAAGUGGGAGUUUGAGCAGAAAUUUUAUUCUUUUCUCGAUGCCUCCUUUGUCUUUUCCUAUCUUGCAUAUGUUUAAGCUUCUUUCGAUCAUCCUGCAAGGCAGCUUUAUUUUUUUCUCUCCGUAACUUAUCGUUUUUGCGUUCCUUUCUAACAUUGCCUGAUACUGAAUUGGAGAUUGCUUCAGUUUUUCCCUAAACUUACAGCACCUUUCAGUGGAUGACAUGCUUGUCCCAUAAUAAAUUACAAGAAUAAUACUUUCAGCUGGUUGACAAUAAUAACAAUCACAGCAAUAAUAUCAACAAUGACAAUAACUGUGUCUGUUGUUACAGUAAAAUUUCCUUGUUACAAAGUUAUGGUAUCAUUGUAACAGCUCUAACACUUUGACAUGUCACACCCGAAACGUGUUUCUUGACAUGAUGGACUGUUUCUACAAAAAAAAAAUUAUAAUUCAAAGUUGUAUCCCAUGAAACUAACUUCACUUUUACAAACUUUCAACUUUACAUUACAUGAAACUAAACUGAUAAAUAAAUAAGUCUAUUUCUGUGUUGUGAGUGUGACAGAAAUUCCGUAUUUUGGUUUUUUGAAGAUUCAGAGCUUAUUUACCUGUAUUAUAAAUGUAAAACCACAGCUACAACUUCACAAUUAUCCAGAGAGUAUAUGCACAAUACAUGGACAUUCAACUUCAAAGACACUAGUCUGUAGGGCUGCUAACAUUUCACAUUAAAUUUUACAAUUUUUUUUCCUGACACCAAAAGUAAGUUUGUAACUGUUUUACACCUUUCAGGCCAGGAUAUAAUGAAAACUGGGAUUAGUUUCUGCUUCCUUGACCUUUUGGCUACAGAGAGAUAUGCCACACUGUAAGAUCUUUUAAACAUUAUUUUUUUUAUUAUUAUGAAGGGUCCUUUCACAUGGAAUGAGCCAUAUGUAAAUGGCUGAAGUUGUUGAAAAAAGACAUAUAAUACAUGUUUUUGCUAUUUUUAGUUCUUUUUUAGAUACUGGAUAUGUAAAAUGAUCAUUGUGUAAAAUAAUUGUGAAAAACAUUGACGGAGGUUUAAAUGCUUAAAUAUGUGGACGAAAUUUAAAAUCCAUUUGUUUUUACUCCUGUUAAGGUAACUUUUACAGAUCUAUUUUUAAAACAAUAA